UCGUCACUGGUGUUGGCCGUGAGCGGGAAUCGAACCCGGGUCGCCAGUCUGUCGAGGCUACACGGGGGACCUUUGCCUGUGUGAUGGACCCUGCCCGGGUGUUCAACUGGGGCCUCUUAGUCAGAAGUCUCCACACGUUGCUCACCUGUGCCGUGCUCCUCGUCCUACUCACUCACCACACAGACCUAACCCGCCACUACACCCGCGGGGAGUUCUCCACCACUCUGGGGUUCUCCUCCCUGGCCGCUGCCUCCCUCGCACUCUACCUCCGGGUGUCCCUCAUGGACCCCGGAUUCGUCCCUCUCGACGCGGUGGAAGAGCAGGAGAUGGGCGACGUGGAGAGGAUGAGGAAGAAGAGGUGGAAGAGGCGUCUGUGUGGAUACUGCGAGGUGGAGAAGCCGCUGCGAGCCAAGCACUGCCGGGAGUGCCGGCGCUGCGUCCGGUGCUUCGACCACCACUGCCCCUGGGUGGGGAACUGCGUGGGGGAGCUGAACCUGGGCCCCUUCCUGGGCUUCCUCACCACGCAGCUCGCCGGCCUCCUCUGGGCCUUCGUGCUGGCAAGGUCCGCCGUGGUCUCCGUGCCCGGCUGGCUCCCGUGGCUCUCGGCCAACGCGGCGCCGUUGGCGGUGGCGCUGCUGACGGGCGCCGCCGCCCCGGCGGUGGCGCUGCUGCUGGGCUGCCACGCGGUCCUCGCCGCCGCCGGCCUCACCACCCGGGAGUUCGUGGCGCGCGAGCGCAUCGGCUACCUGCGGCCGCCGCCGGCGGACGCGGCCGCCGAAGCCGCCGAAGCCGCCAACCCCUUCGACCGCGGCUGCGCUCGCAACCUGUCGGAGCUGCUGUGCCGCCGGGGCUGGGGGGCGGCGGCGCCGGUCGACUGGGAGGAGCGGCUGCCGGCGGGGGGUGGGGACGGCGAGCCGGAGCUCGGCACGGUGUAGUCACGUGGUG